CUGAUCCAAACCCAGUGAUAAAGGGGAACAGAGAAGAGAAACACAGCCAAACCUAGCGUGCCGAAUCCAAUCCACGAUGGCGUUGCCGCUCCCGUCGCCGGCAGACUCUAGCAGCUGCACUUUUAGCCAUUGCUUCUGCCGCUGGCUUCGCCGAUGCUCAGCAGAGAUUCCUUCCGUCGGCUCCGGCGGUGAGUUCACCUACAUACCGGACGACGCGGUCGACAGUCCGGCUUUCUCGGUUCUGGUCGGCGUUGUGUGGAAAUUCGACGUCGACAGCUCGCUACGCCUACAUCGGUUCUGCGUCGCGAACUCCGGUCGCGUCCUCGGCCGGAGUGGCGACGCCCUCGAGAUUUUGGUGGAUGGCGUCGACUACAAACCCAAGAACACUUGGUCGCGCAUCCGCGCUGCCACCGCCACGCGGAGCCCCGACGGUUGCUCGCUCUCGCUCUGCUGCUUCUCUCGUGAACUCUACCUCUCGGAUCUCGAGAGAAUCGAGGCUCCCCUUGCCGUGGAGUUGCACAUGGAGCUGGGCGCCGCCGACGGCACGAGGACCACCGUAUCCCCACUGCCUUGCUUGAAGUUGGGCCCCUUUAUGCCGACCUUCCCCAUCUCGGCCGCCGGCGAACUAUGGGCACCUUACCUCACCGAGCUCCGUGGCCCAUCCCGCCUUGUUAUGCAACGCUUGGACAAGGAUGCCUUCUGCUGGGUGGAAGUCGCCGAUCUCCACUUGCCUCAUGGGAGAAAAGGAGUCGACGGGCCGCCGAAUAACAACCCUGUCUUCCAGGGCUACGCAGUGGUCGGGCACAUCAUCCUAUUAUCGCUUUUUCCAACUAACCUCUUCUUCACCUUCAAUUGCUCCACCCUCACCUGGGCAUCAGUCAUCACCAACGAGAAGCAGCCCACUCGCUAUGUCUCUAUACAGAAGUGUGCUGUGUAUGUGGAAGGAGACAACACCAUCUAUUCCCUGUGUGCCGGUACUGGCAGUGUCUAUGCCUAUAAGCUGUGCCAAGUGGAUCAGCAUCAACACAGGAUGGAGCCACCUAUAAUGGUUGACCGUGUUUACCCUUUCCACAAUGAAGGAAAUGGGAUCCUAACACAUCUUGGUGCCAGGGUCAUGUGUUAUGUUUGGAUUGGUGAGAAGCUCAACUGCAAUUGUGACACCAAACAUGUGCUUAUCACCACCUUUCGAGUCUUGGAAGAUGACUGUAAGAACUUCCCUGAAGGAUUUGUCCCUAAGGGCAUUGAAGUCUUGCAUUCCACCUGCCGUCGGUUGGUCAUGUGGCCAAGCAAGCCAAAUCGAUUUGAGUUCAGCAUUCUACAGGUGUAUGAGGAGUUCAAACACAAGACUGUGACAGCCUCUCCCAUAAAGAAGAGCCAGAGGUUAAGUGUCCCCCAGGAAGUUCUAGCCAGCUCCAAUGUGGUAGAAUCGUCCAAGAUGCUUGCCUGCUGCAGGAAAUUGUUUAUUGGAGCACCAUUCUCACGUUCUGUUAUGCUUGAGCGCUCUGCUAUCCAGACCAACAUAGCUCUAUAUAUUGUUUGUCAAGUGGCUUCUCGAACAGCUGUGUUUGGGAUUAACAUCUUGGAUGGAAAGUUGACAUGCCAUGAUAAGACUCUCAGACUUCGCGAUAUGCAUCAAUAUCCUCACGGGUCUCAUUUUGCUUCUUUCGAUAACUUCAUGUAUGCUGUCUCAGACAAAGGAAAUAUAUAUUAUCUCAAUUUCGAUACAAUGCAGGCAACAGACAUCUGUAGAAUGCCUACUCGUGGCGUUCAUCUUGUUUGCGAAGUUGGGGGCCGUAUGGUUGCUUUAAGUAAUACUUUGCAAUAUCUCUAUGUUAUGGAGGAUCAACGAGGAUUUGUGCAAUGCUGCGGUACAUUUGGGAUUCGUUGUGAUAUAGAAAAAGAGGUUAACCUGUCUGGAUACGUAGUCCUGAGUAAUAAUUCCUUUAUGGUUUUUGAUGCUGAAUCAAACCAGUGUUUUCUGAUUGACCUGCGUCAAAGAGGGUGGAGAACUGUCGAACCGUAUGCUUUGCAAGAUAGAACAAAACAGCUGCCAAGCUGGUGGCCUGGACGUGUGUUUCUAAGUGAAAGAUCUGUGUUUGCCAGGGGUUUUAUUUACACUUGUUCAAGUGGAGGACUUACUGCAUAUGAGUUAAUUGAAGAAGGUUAUUCUUAUUACCUUGGUGAUGGGAUUGAUUUGCAGUUUUCAUGGCACAAGUCUUGGGAGCAUGAAAGAAUGUGCUUGGAUUGCAUUGGGGAAAACAGAAGUACUGGUGCCAUUAUGUUUUGUGUGGUGCAAGAUGAUAACUGCAAACCUAGUCUUCCGCAUGACUACCAUCCUAUACGUUUCACUACUGUCCAGGUGAAGACUGAAGCAUUGCACAAUGGUAAACGGAAACCAAAGGCAAUUGGCCAUGUUGAUAUUGCAAGAUCUUACAUUGUGUCUCCAGAUCUUGAUCCCUUCUUAUGUGAUGAACCACCGAUUAGGACUCGAAGGUGCUUUAACAGCGUGACCUUCUCUCGAGCUUUAGAACUUCUGUAGAAAAGUAUGCUGCAAUAUUUAUAACUUAUUGUGCAUCAUGAAACUUAUGAGAUGCAGUGUGUUUUGAAACAUGUGGAUCAUGAGCAUGUACUCGUGUGAACCUUUUUUUUGAAAUAAAAGGCAGGAGCACUGCCACAUCAUAUAAGAAGAAGAA